AUGGCGUCUGCUAUACUUGUUGGUGAUAAUUGGACUGCGAAGUAUAUUCGUAAUUCUGUUCCUGUUAGUCAGCGUUUCCAUUAUGAUAAUCGGGAUCCUAAAAAAGGUAUUGAACAAGUUAUUGAGUUUUUCAAGGCUGGUUCUCCUCCGUGGCUUCCUAUUGAUCGUGGUGAUAAGGAUGAUGCGGGUAAGGAUUCUGGUAAGUUUGCUUCUCAGCAGUCUAUAGGUUAUUUCUAUGUUGAUGGUCCGACUACUGCUAAGGUUACUAUUGAUGUGGAGCUUAAGUUGACUAUUGCUUUGAAGGGUCGUAAGUGUUUGGGUGGUAAAGUGGAUAAUUCUGGGCCUAUUAAUGCUAAUAAUGCUGGUCAGUCUAUUGGUAAUGAAGACUUGGGAGAUAAUUUGGCUACUUCUUUUACUGAUAAGGGUACAGAUAGUGUUGAUUAG